AUGAAGCCAGAUGAUCUUAAGAGGCGUUUGGUAGAAGUUCCACAGAAAUUGCACUUUAAAGAUUCAACAGGAAUUCAGCACUAUAUUUUUAAAGUCCUUUACUAUUCAGCCACCGACGAUGGUGAAUACUUACAAAGCUUAUUUCCCAACAUAUCUAAUGAUGAAGCCUAUGAUAUAACCAACAUAUAUGAUGUUCCUGUUACAACAGAUCAAAAAGAGCCAUUCUACAAACAAGUCAAAUCAGAUUAUACGCAUCCCCCUGACAAGGCAUGUGCAAGACCAUUUGCUGAGGGCGAGAAAGUUUAUCGUUGCCUGGAUUGUGGAUUUGAUGAGACAUGUGUCUUAUGUUCCUAUUGUUUUAAUGAAAACGAUCAUUUGAAUCAUAACGUGACUGCCUACACGUCGCGCGGAAACAGUGGUGGGAUUUGUGAUUGUGGAGACGAAGAAGCAUUUACUCAACCAUUGAAUUGUAAAUGUCAAUUGACAAAAGAAGAAGAUACCGAAGACGUAGAAAAUUUGGAUGAAACUUUCGAGUCAUUACAAGAAACUAUGACCAUUGCUUUAGAUUACGUUUUGGAUGUUACAAAUUUCACGAUAUUGACAUUGCCUUUUAUUCAUGCAGAACUACGCAAGGCAUACCCGGCGUUGAGUUUAGAGAAAUUAUCCGACUACUCAUCUUUACCUAGUGAAUCUUAUGGUGGUGCAGAAGAUAUCAAUUCAACUGAUAAAUGGUACUUGGUAUUAUGGAAUGACGAGUUUCACAAUGUGACAGAAGCAGUAGAUGCAAUUAAAGCAGGUACAGGAGUCAACGAUUUCCGUGCUCACCAAAUUGCAAAUAAGAUUGACCGUGAAGGUUUUUGCUUAUUGAAAGAAGGAGUCACUCCAAGAGUUCUUGCACGUUCCAAAAAAUUGGUUGAAUCAAAUGGCUUAGUUGCAACAAUCGUCUCCGCUCGUGAUUUUUUAAGGGAGAAGAUUUGUGUAGCUAUUCUAAACUGGAUUAACGCCGUUUUGAAUUCUGAUAACAUGCAAAUAAGAAAAUUUGCACAAUCUUGUUUUGCAGAAUUAUUGUUAGACUCCAGUUUUAAGUUUUCGAAAGUUCUCUCGGAAAAGCUACUUUCAGAUGCAUUUAGAAUAUCAUCAGAUGACGAAAAGCGAACAUAUUUUGAGAAUGGUAUACCUUAUGAGGGUAAGCUCGUGAAUUUAAAUUACCAAGAAUUGAAGCAGCCAGUAGAGGUAUUGAAUUUACAUGAAUCUAUUACUGAUUUGAUGAAUUCUAAGAUACAAUUGGGUGAGCUUAAAGGUUCAAGAUUACAGUUGCUUCUAGCCUUCCAGAUUAGAUUCCCGAAGAGUAUUCGUAAGCGAUUGGGUACUUUACUAGUUCCGUAUUUGGUUAAAACACCUGAGCUCAAACAAGAAUUUGCUGAUCAAGUUGUUGAGAUGUAUCCCACAUUGUUGAAUAUGCAAGCACUCAGUGACAGAGAAGAAGAUUUGAAUCUUCUUCAAGAUAUAUCUUCACAAUUGUUUACUUGUCCCCAAACCGUUCGUAAAAUCUUAGACACAGAUAGAAUUGGUUUCAUUUUAGGACCAAUUACUAAGCUCAUUGAAGAACACAGUUCUAAGUUUGAUGCAACAAAAGGUUACAAAGUUUAUUCCGAACACCUGAGUAGAUUACCUCCUGGAAGAGGAAUCAAAAAGGCUGUUAGUUUUGCAUUCCACAGUUUAUCACACUUUUUCAAUCCUAGUAUUUCUGGCAGCAGUAUGAAGAACUUUUUGAAACCACAUUCUAUUAGAUUGUUGAUUUUGUUGUUGCGUAAUUUCCAAGGGUUUUCACCAUUGGUUAGAAAAUACGGUGACCAUGUUGAAAGAGAUAUCGUUGAUCUAGCAAUAUAUUGGAACUACACGCUCCCAAUUUUGAGUUCCAUGCAGAAUUUAGCAAUUACAUUGGGUGAUAUACCCGAAGUUGAUGGUGCUGUUAUACAGAUUCUCGAUUUCUUAAUUAAACAACCGAAAAAAUUGAAGCAACCAGGAGUACUUGAAUUCCGAGUAAGUAAAGAGCCAGUCAGUUUUGUCAAUCCAUUGAACACAUUAUUGUCAUUCUUUUUGGAGUUCCGCAAUAUUAAUAAUUUUGAAACGUUGUUGGAAGCAUACAGAGCAGACUUGGUUGCUAUUACAGAUAUUUCUUUGAGAAGUAUAGUAUUAGGCUCACAAAUAUCCUCUGGCUUCUGGAUCAGAAAUGGUGCCGUCGCUUCUCGUCAAGCCACAUUGUAUUUUGGUGCGUACUUGCCAGAAUUUACGUUUAUGCGUGAUUUCCAUUUGAACCAAAUUGGUGUUUUGUUUGAAGAACCCGAGACAGCAUUAAUGAAUUUCUUGGAAAGAUGGGAAUUAUAUCCGUGGUUCAAGAAUGAAGUAAAGUUCGAUCAGACUAUUUACGAGGAAAGAUUUUUCCCUAUAGUAGAAAGAUUCAUUUCGUUUGCUUACAAUUUAUUUGUUGACAGAAGUCUUUUAAUCGACGAGUCACCGGAAGAAGCACGACUCAAGAAAUUAAAGCGCUCCAUUGCGUAUGGUUUGUGCGAGGAAGCCAUGGCCUAUACCCCGUUAAGACAAAAGCUCGACUCAGAUGUGAAAAAGCUCCAAGAAUUUGACGACAUAUUAUUUGAAGUUGCCGAUUACCAACCCCCAUCAGCAUUAGUUGACACCGGGUUGUACCGUUUGAAAGAAUCAAUGUACAAAAACUUGGAUCCAUUGAGUAUUCUUCUUGAUCCGGGCGAUUUUCAGGUUGUAUCAGAAGUCUUGCUCAAGUAUACCAAAAAGAAGAAGGAUGACCCGAAAGUAUUGACUCCUGUCAUCAUCGAGUCAGGAGAUAAAUUGAUUGAUAAAAGAAUUGGUGAUUUUGCAAAAACCUUACCAUUCAUCAAGUUGAUUUACAAAUUUUUGCAAGUUGCAAUUGAUACUGCCAAUGAAACAUAUCUUCCACAUUUGUUGCACUUGAUACAUGCCAUUGUUUUGGAUGAUGAAAAGAUACAUGGUAAGGAGUAUCUUAACGAGAACUUUGUUGUCAUUCCAAUAACUGACUUGUUGCUUACUAUCGUGGAAUCCAAAAUGUCCAACUAUGUUUGUGAAAAAGCCGAUUAUUUGGUUGAUCAAUUCAUUAGUAAAGACAAAAGAAUUGUUGACAGCUUGGUCGAUUGUUUUGGUGAGGAAUAUAUGCAGACAUAUAAAAAGAGAAAGACCAAUUUAUUUGAGUCUGAAGCAGAGAGAAAGAAAAGACAAGCUGAGGAAAGAAAGAACAAAAUAUUAAAGAAAUUUUCGAAACAAAGAGAAAAGUUUUUGAACCAAAAUAAAGAUUUGACUUUUGAGACCAAAGUUGAUGAUAAAAAUGCCGAUGAUGAUGAUACGAAAUUAACACGUACUUGUGUUGCAUGUGGUGAACUUGAAAGUUACGAGAAGCCACUUGGUAUCAUGUCAAGUAACACAAAGGCAUCUGUAUUUUGGAAACUUCCUCGACACUCUUCUGAGGUUUUAUCUGUUGGCUAUAAAGAAUGGGAUAAGGAUUCGUUGUUGCAUACCAAUCCUGAUGAUUAUGGAGUUGGUUAUGAGUCGCGUGAUUUACAGAAAUUGUAUAACAACGAGUUUGAAGCACGUGUAUUAUCCACGUGUGGUCAUAGCAUUCAUUAUGAUUGUUUAGCAAGUCGAACCAUUGGUAUUUCACAAUAUCCUUGUCCAUUAUGUCAUAACUUGAACGAAUCAUUUUUGCCAUCUUAUGUGGGAAGUUUGGAUUUAGAAGUCCCUAGAGAGAUGCUUUUUGGUGCGCCAAAGCAUUUAAAGUACAACCAAAUUGUGCAAGAUUCAGAAUGUACCUUAAAGAGAUUAGACUUGUUGCGAGUUUUUGCUAAAUCUGAAUACUUCCUGGAAUCAAAUGACGCUCUUAAUAAUAUCGUUAUAACGACAGUAAAAUCAUUACUGAAGAAGAAAUAUUCUUAUGCCGGUAGUAGUUCUCGCGAUGGAGAUUAUGAUCGAUUAAUGAACUUGGGUAAUAUUUUGGCUGAUACCAUAAGAAUGAACGAAAUUGCAACGAGAUUAAAUGGUGCAGAAGGGUAUACAGACUUUUUGUCCCAGAUUCCCGGUUCUACAAAGACCCUCUUGCUUUGUUUUAUCCAGCUUCGGUUGGUUUAUGAAUCAAUGUCAUUUGCACGUUCACCAGAGAAGAAACCGAUUGAGUUUGCUGCAGAUGUGAAGAAGUUUUGGGAUUCUGAUGUUCUUCUUGAUAGUGUAUUUAACGAAGUGAUUGUCUUAUUUUUCCAAACUGACGAGUCCUUAGCCACUUUAGCCAGAUGGGGUAUGGCCAAGAUUUUCACCAUUGCUGUGUAUUCAUUGCUAAAAAGAUAUGAAGACGACGAGAACUAUUUUAAUUCCAUUAAGUCUGGCUUAGGGGAAGAUAUUGCGGCCAACGAAGAGUCAAUUGAGGCAUUUUAUCAGUUCUUAAGCAACUUGUUGUUCUCCAAUGACAAAACUGUAACAGGUUUUAACAAAGAUAUGUCAGUAAUAAUAUACCAUGCUAUAGAAAGAAUAUUGGGUAUAUUUUUACGUCAAGUGAUCAUUUUUGAAGACAUUUUAACCAUAAAGCCACAAGGAGAAAAUACCUAUGAGAGUAUUCCCGAACUUGCGCAGUUGGCUGAAAAGAUUGAAUUACAAACCAGAUUAAGUGAUACGAAAGCAUUGACUGAUGUACUUCAAAUUCCAUCAUAUGAUGAAAUGAUCUUAACAUUACACCGAUCUAGUGAUGCAUUAGAAGGUAACGUUUUUGAUAUUGUAUGGAAUGCGAAAAUUCCAAAACAUAUGAACCAGAAGAUUUUGACAUUGGAUUAUCCAGGAAUGGUUCAUUUAACUAGUUUACCACUUGAUUAUUCUGCAUCAGUUUUGAAAGCUCCACAUGGUACUUCUCGUGAAAAUUCCAAAUGUUUACUGUGUGGUAAUUGGAUCGAACAAUCAGCAACAAUGACUCAUAUGAUGAUAUGUACUUCCCAAACUGGUAUUUUUUUCAAUCCAAUCAAUAAUAUGUUUAGAAUAUGUGUUUUUAUUGGUCAUAGUCCAAUUCGUAUUGAAAUCCCAGCUCCAUAUCUUACAAAACAUGGAGAAGUUAAAACUAAAAGUUAUACUGGGAAAGCUACUUUGAAUGAAUUUAGAUUCCAUUAUUUAAAUAAGUUAUGGGCAACACAAGGGUUAUAUGGAUUUGUUACUAGAAACUUGUUUGGUUCUGGUAUUGAAUUAGGUGACGUCAAUGUCAAUUUUAAUCGAGAGUUUGAAGAUGAUGACGAAGAUGAUGAUGAAGACGACGAUGGUGAUGCGUUUGUUCAAUUUGGUCCCGAUGUUGGAUUAGAAGAGGAUGAUGAUACCUUUGAUGAUGAUAAUAUCAUAAUGAUGUAA